CUUCCGUCCCUCCGCUCCGCAGGAACAGGAGGUGGUUACUCCCAGCUCCGUGUUUCGAUUUUUAAUCUGAGUUUUUAAACUUUUAACAUUCGGCUUUGGCGCAUUUUACCGACAGGAGACGCGUUCGUGUGGACGUGGAGUGUGUUGCCCGGCCCCUCCCUCCAGUUCUGACCCGUGGACCGUCCCAGGUGCGUUGGCCCCUCCCUCCUCCAGUUCUGACCCGUGGACCGUCCUAGGUGCGUCGGCCCCUCCCUCCUCCGGUUCUGACCCGUGGACCGUCCCAGGUGUGUCGGCCCCUCCCUUCUCCGGUUUUGAGCCGUGGACCGUCCCAGGGGGUGGACAUGGGGAACAGUGCCCUGAAGUCCCACCUGGAGACGUCCCAGAAGACCGGGGUGUUCCAGCUGAUGGGGAAAGGCCUUCAGGAGUUUCCAGAGGAGCUCCAGAGGCUGACAUCCAACCUUCGAACCGUCGAUCUGUCCAAUAACAGGAUCGAAGUACUUCCUGUUUCCAUCGGGAACUUCCUGCAGCUGAAGAGUCUGACGCUCAACGGCAACAAACUGACGUCUGUCCCUGCCGACAUCGGGAAACUGAAGAAACUGGAGACUCUGAGUCUGAAUGGGAACCGGAUCCAGGUCCUGCCCCCAACCCUGAACCAGCUCAAGGCCCUGCGGACCCUCAGCCUGGCCGGGAACCAGAUCCAGGAGUUCCCCCCUGGACUGGGAGCCCUGAGACACCUGGACCUGCUGGACCUGUCCCGGAACCACAUCCAGAGCGUCCCCGCCGAGGUGGCCGAGCUGCAGGCCAUCGAGAUCAACCUCAACCAGAACCAGAUCUCCUCGCUGUCCGUGGGUGUGUCCCGCUGUCCCCGUCUGAAGGUCCUGCGUCUGGAGGAGAACUGCCUGGAGCUGGCGUCCGUCCCUGUGUCCAUCCUCGCCGACUCCCAGGUGUCUCUGUUCUCCGUGGAGGGAAACCUGUUCGAGGUCAAGAAGCUCCGUGACCUGGAAGGAUACGACAAGUACAUGGAGCGAUUCACAGCCACCAAAAAGAAGUUCACCUGAGGACGCUACAAUGAUCUGCAGCUAAGAGUGCUGCCGCGAGGAGGCGGGGUCAGCCUAGACUCCGCCCACCACUGCCGACAGAUGGACAUUUAAGCCCCGCCCUUCCUUCCCCUCCCCAUCCCUCAGCGAAGGGACCAGACGCCAUUAACAAGGAAGAAUGUAACCUGUAGACGCUUUGUACAAACACUGACGAAGAUGAAGACGAUGACUCAGGGACAAACAUGUUUAAAGCUUCUUUGUGUUUGAACAUCUUUAUUUCGCUGAAACGUUAAAGCACUUGGACAGUGUUAGAAGAAGAGUUGAGUUUUCCCUGCAGUCAGUGAAUGCAUCGCCAGGUAAAUCCGUUAAUUUACCAAAUUAAACCCUGACGAGUGUGAACGCUGAGUUUGGAUCUGAUCGUGUGUCAUCUUUAACAUGUGGUUUUUGUGUCGAAUUAGCUUUUUCUUGUUGAAAUGUUAAAUAAUUAAAGAGGCUGAAAUUGAAAAAAAUAAAUAAAAUAAUAAUAUAUGGA